GUCUUCUGAAUUAAAACUCUACAUUUUUACUCUACUCUACUUCACAUUUUCUGUGAGUUGGCAUGAAGCCAGCCGUGGCUCUGCUGGGCCUCGUCCUCCUGCUGGACACCACCUUUGCUGCAGAGGAGUCCUGUGAGGGUCGCUGUGGCUCCUUCGACCUGCAGAGGAAAUGCCAGUGUGACUCCAUGUGUGUGUACUAUGGAAGUUGCUGUGGGGACUUUGACGCCAUCUGCCCUAAAAAAAUUGGUCGUGGCGAUACCUUCGAUGAAGCAGAUGAAGUAACAGAAGCACCGACGACUGUUGCCGAGAGCACACCAACGACUCUCCCACCAACUGUCAACACAAAUCCAGAAUCCAUCCCUGCCUCUCCCCUACCCACCACCACACCUGGAGACCCUGACUCAGCGGCCUGCAGCGGCAAACCUUUUAAUGCUUUUCUGCAGCUGAAGAAUGGGUCCAUAUAUGCAUUUAGAGGUGAAUAUUUCUUUGAGUUGGAUGACAAGUCCAUACUUCCUGGUUACCCAAAACUCAUCCAGGAUGUGUGGGGCAUGUCUGGACCCAUAGAUGCUGCAUUCACACGCAUUAACUGCCAGGGAAAAACCUACAUCUUUAAGGGGAACCAGUACUGGCGGUUUGACGGCGAUGUCUUGGAUAAAGACUAUCCAAGGGACAUUUCAGUCGGCUUUGAUGGCAUACCAGAUGACGUUGAUGCCUCGUUUGCCAUACCAGCAUCAAGUCACCGUGGCAAAGAGAAAGUCUACUUUUUCAAAGGGGACAAGUAUUACCAGUAUGAAUUUAAAUACCAGCCUUCCCAUGAGGAGUGUGUCCGCAUGAGCAGGUCCUCCCCGUCUGUGCUGUUCACACGAUACACGGACCUCUUCUGCGAUCAGACAUUGGAGGAUUUCUUUACAGAGCUCUUUGGAAGCUCCUUCAGUAGUCACCAGACAGGCCCUCGUUUCACCAGUACGGACUGGCAGGGCAUCAGGCCCGCUGUAGAUGCUGCCAUGGUGGGACGAGUCUACCUCAGUCCUAAGCCCACUCCAUCUUCUCCUCCACCAGCAAGGAGGCGUAGCAGUCGGAGGAGGAGGCCCAGCAAGAAGCGUGCACAGCAAAGAAGGCAGAGUCGCCACGUGUUGUUUGAUGACUUGUGGGGUUAUGACAAUUGGUUUGACUACAGCAACAUCUUUGAUGAGAGCCCCACACAGGAGUACAAAAGCAUCCCUGUUCAAAAUGUGUAUUUUUUCAAGAGAGAUAAAUACUACAGAGUGGAUCUGCAGACAAAACGUGUGGUCUCUGUGAACCCUCCUUACCCACGAUCCAUUGCGAAAUACUGGCUGGGCUGCAAGAGUGAAGAGACAACUGAUGCAUCAAGGGCAGAGAAAAGAUAGGUCAACUGAGCCCAUAAGAAGAAAAUUCACUCUGUGUUUCAAACACACCACUUGAAGUAUAAAAAUAGGCCUAAUUACAAAAUUAACUUAUAAUUGAUUGUUAUUUCUGUUGUUGAAGCAUAAUGUUUAUGAUGAAUUAGCCUGGCUCCGCCCUCCUACGUAGGCUACUUAAGCUCAAUUUUCAUUUCCCUUCAGCACUACGUCUGGGUUCGCAGUCUAGUCUUGGGUUUUCUCUGGCCAAAAUUUUGCCGGUCCAAUCAGCGAACAGAGGGAGUGGCUGAGAAUGAUGACGUUGAAGCGGUGCGCUAGAGUUGCGGCGGAGAAAGAUGCGAGUGAAACCAUUCGGUCCGCCAGAAGUUAAAGCCCGAGCAAGAACAAUCUUUGCUGAGUUCUUUUGGUGGCCAUGAUGUUGUGGCCCUCCUCCCCACGGGGUUCGAGAAAAGUUUGAUUUUCUAGCUAGUUCCGUUAGUGGGGAAGGAGUUGGCUAACGCUAGCGAUGCUAAUGCUAAAUAUAAGCCUUGACAUUCUCCCCUCUUGUUGCACAUGCGCAUAACAAACGUCAUGACAAAACGUUAGCGAU